AUGUUGCCUGCGAGGCCUGGUAGUCAUGAACGUGAUGAUGUGUCGCUGCUUGUGGAGGAGUAUCACGAGGUCAAUCGUGUGAAUAGGCUGUUGUUUACAGCUAUUCUGGAAUGUAUGCGCGACAGCCGAUCACUUCGUCAACGACGAUUAAAUGUUCGGCCUUACCAGAUAAUAGAACGUGUUCCGGCACAAGUCGCUCACCUAACGCGUCUUGUAGGCCUUACUGAUGUUGAUUGCAUAAACAAUCUUAGAAUGGAUCGUAAUACAUUUGGUCGAUUAUGCAUUCUACUCCGCGAGCGGACUGGGCUGAUUGACGGAAGGUGGGUUAAAGUCGAAGAGCAAGUUGCAAUGUUCCUCGGUGUUUUGGCACAUCAUAGCAAAAAUCGCAUUGUGGGCUUCAAUUUUCGUCGCUCAUUGCAAACGAUAUCACACUACAUUCACUCAAUUUUGAGUUCAAUAUUGCAACUUCAUGGAGAUCUUCUAGUUACACCUGAACCCGUAAAUGAUGGUUGUACAGAUCCACGGUGGAAGUGUUUUCCGGGCUGCUUGGGUGCUUUAGAUGGCACGUACAUAAACGUGACAGUGAGCAACGCAGACAAAGCAAGAUACCGAACUCGGAAGGGCCAAAUAUCGACGAAUGUACUGGCUGUUUGCGACAGAAAGCUUCGUUUUGUUUAUGUUUUAUCUGGCUGGGAGGGCUCAGCCGGUGAUUCUCGAAUCCUAAGAGAUGCAAUCAAUAGACCAAAUGGACUUAAAGUCCCUAAAGGAAGCUACUACUUGUGUGAUAAUGGGUAUGCGAACAGCGACGGAUUUCUCACACCGUACAAAGGUGUGAGGUAUCAUCUCAAAGAAUGGGGCCCCAAUGCUAUUCGUCCACAGAAUCCAACUGAAUUAUUCAAUAUGAGGCACACGAAAGCGCGGAAUGUUAUCGAACGAGCAUUUGGUGUGAUGAAAAUGCGAUGGGGAAUUCUCCGUUCCCCAUCUUACUAUCCGAUUGAAAUACAAAAUAGACUUAUAAUGACUUGUUUCUUGCUCCAUAACUUCAUCAGAGGUCAAAUGGACUCUGAUCCAUUUGAAAUGCAGCUUGAGCCAGAGAACUUAUCUGUGGAAGAUGUGCUUGAAAAUGCAGAAGUAGAUUUCGUUGAGUCAAUAGAUCCUACAGCAGAAUGGAAUCAGAAAAGAGACAAUCUUGCCAUAUCCAUGUGGAAUCAAAAACAUGGAGUUGAAGCAUGACACCGCCGCGGAGGGGCCACCCUGUGCGUGUGGGGCUGGUAACAUGUUGGCGCUACGCGCGGGGGAAGCUGCAAUGAAUCCUGGCCGUUAUUACUACAAAUGCCCCAAUUAUGAAAACCAUGUGAAAUCUUUUAUUUGGUGUGAUGAAUACCAGAACAGGAAAAGAAGUCCUACGGAGCGGGUUACAUCGGGGGCUGGGCAAGUGCAUGCUGAUCGCCUACUCCAUAUCCAAGCCCUCUUCAUGUUUAUGGCUAUUGUAAUAUUUUUAUUUGGGAUUGUAAU